AGAAAGUCCAAAAAAAAAAAAAAAAAAAAACAGAGCUGUGGCAAAACGGACCAUCCCAAGAAGCUCGUCUGUUUUCUCUAUCAGCUAAUAACUCUCUCUUGCGUCAUAUCUUCUGUUUUUCUGCAGACUUCUUCAAAUAAUUCUCGUAAUAAUAAUACAUCACUCCAAAGAAAAAAGAAUUUACCCCAGCUCACGAUCUUUGAGUUUGGGUGUUGUUCUUUGAUUAAUUAAUAAACUCCGCUUAGACCCUCAGGACCCGAAUUGGUGAAAAGGGGUUAAAGAAGAAGCAGCAAAAAGGAAGAGUCUUGGUUACUGUGACACUUAAUUGUUGAAGGAAGAAUCAUGGCCGUGGAUGAGAAUGGCUCCUUGAAUCGGACGGAUGACAGUGUAAAGAAUAAUUCUGCUGUGGUCGAUCAUCAACCAAAUCAAAAUGGUCUGCCACGGUCAACGUUACCCAAUGAUCAGAAUAUUCAGAUGGAUGUUUUUCAACAGCAUAAGCAAAGCAUCAACGGUAACGGAGUGAUGGGUCAUCAGCAUAAUUUUAAGGAAAUGAAGGGUGUUGAUUUGAGAAGAAAUGGAAGUGAGGAAGGGUUUAAGAUGAGGGAUUUGGAGGAAAUGUUCACCAAAUUGAACCCUAUGGCUGAAGAGUUUGUGCCUCCUUCACUUUCCAGUAACCAUGGAGUUGUGCCAUUCUCUCCAGGUGGAGAACAAUUUGGGUUUGAUGCUUUCAAUUUUCUUGGCGAUCGAAAUUUCAAUAGGAGGAAGAGAAAUGGCUAUGGUCUUGGUAGGAGAAGGACGAAUGUCCGGACAAGCAUGGCCCAACGUGAAGAGGUUAUAAGGAGGACAGUUUAUGUGUCUGAAAUUGAUCAUCAGGUGACUGAAGAGUUACUUGCUACACUCUUUCUUACUUGUGGGCAGGUGGUUGACUGUCGCAUAUGUGGAGACCCCAAUUCUGUACUCCGUUUCGCCUUUGUUGAAUUUACUGAUGAAGAAGGUGCAAGGAAUGCUCUGAGUCUAGCAGGAACUAUGCUUGGGUUUUACCCUGUGAAAGUGCUUCCGUCCAAAACUGCUAUUGCACCAGUUAAUCCAACAUUUCUUCCAAGGUCUGAAGAUGAAAGGGAGAUGUGUGCAAGAACUAUAUACUGUACAAACAUUGAUAAAAAGGUUACUCAAGCAGAUGUCAAGCUCUUUUUUGAAUACUUCUGUGGAGAGGUUAAGCGUUUGAGGUUGCUUGGUGACUAUCAUCACUCCACUCGUAUAGGUUUUGUCGAGUUUGUUAUGGCUGAGAGUGCCAUUGCUGCACUGAACUGCAGUGGUGCAAUCCUGGGAUCACUUCCUAUAAGAGUAAGCCCAUCAAAGACUCCUGUCCGACCACGUGCUCCUCGCUCGCCAGUGCAGUGAUGGAUGACUUUGCAUUCCUCGUCUGAUCUAUAUUUAAAUACAUACGUAUAUACAGAUACCAUCGACUACCUUGUGGCAUUUGUCGUUUUGUUUAUUCGCAUUACUCGGCUGGGCAUCUCUCACCCACAGGCUUGUUCUUAAGCUUGUACUGUUGACUAGUUCAUGAGUGCUUAUGUUGAUGUAAGUUAAGUCUGGUAUAUUAUGUUUCUCUAGGCGAUGCCUCAGAGUGCCAAUACUGACUGAUGUUCUAACGGUGACAUUGAUCCAAUGAGUACCUCGAUAUUCCGCUA